AUGGCGAGGCCUAUGGUAACCGUUCAUGAUGACAAGGGGUACGCCCUUCCAGCACAGAUAAAGCUGCCAACAGUUUUUAAGGCACCUGUAAGGCCUGACUUGGUCAGUUUUAUUCAUGAUCAAAUGAGAAAAAACGGAAGGCAUCCGUACGCUGUAUCAAACAAAGCAGGUCAUCAGACUUCGGCUGAAUCUUGGGGCACCGGACGUGCUGUUGCGCGUAUUCCUAGGGUUCGUGGAGGCGGUACUCAUCGCAGCGGCCAAGGUGCGUAUGGUAAUAUGUGCAGAGGUGGUCACAUGUUCGCUCCAACGAAGACCUGGCGUCGUUGGUACCGCAAGAUUAACAUCGCUGAGAAGCGUUAUGCGAUCUGCUCAGCUAUUGCCGCUACGGGCGUCCCAGCAUUAGUAAUGGCGAGAGGGCACAUCGUGUCAGACAUCCCUGAAAUUCCUCUCGUUGUGUCAGACAAGAUCGAAAGCUACAAGAAGACUAAAGAGGCUGUGUACAACAGUAAGCGCUUGCGAGCCGGCAAAGGCAAAAUGCGGAACCGUCGUUUCAAGAAGAAGAAAGGUCCGGUCAUCAUCUACAACCAAGACAAUGGCGUUCGUAGAGCGUUUCGUAAUAUUCCAGGAAUCGAUUUCCUGCGGGUCGACUCUUUGAACCUGCUGAAGCUUGCGCCCGGGGGUCACCUGGGUCGAUUUGUCAUUUGGACCGAAAGUGCUUUCAGAAAGUUGGAUGAUCUGUAUGGUACGUGGAAAAAGAAAGCGGCGUUCAAGAAAGAUUGGAACCUGCCAAUGCCGAAGAUGACGGUAGCCGAUUUCAGUCGCAUAAUCAGAAGCGAAGAGAUCCAGAAAGCCAUUCGUCCAGCUAUGAAACCAGCUGCACGUCGUCCGCGUAGACUCAACCCUCUGAAGAACUUCAAUACAAUGGUUAAGCUGAACCCUUACGCUGCCGUGAUUAGACGGGCUGCACUUUUGGCGCAGAGGCGCAAGCGCAGAGCAGUUCCAGAGGAACGCAAAGAUAAGGAGGUUAGUAAAAAUUUAUGGACGAUAAGAAUAUAAGC